CUUAAUUCACUUUAUAAUUAUACUUGUAAUUUAUACCUUUCCAACCAUUCAUAGUAAUUAAUAAAGUGGGUGACCUUCAAUUCUUAAUAAAUUUAAAUAACGAAUAUUUUACGGAAAUCUCAGCAUAAUAUAAUUUUUACUCAUUUUUAAUCAUGGGAGAACGAGGACCAGAUCAAUGGCUAGAGCAAAUUAAAAAAUGCGUAGCUUUAACUGAAUCAGAUAUGAAACAAUUAUGUGAAUUAGUUAAAGAACUUCUUAUGGAAGAAUCUAAUAUUCAACCUGUUCAAUCUCCAGUGACAGUUUGUGGUGAUAUUCAUGGUCAAUUCCAUGAUUUAUUAGAAUUAUUCAGAAUUAGUGGUGGUUUACCUAGUGAUGAUAAUAAUUCUAAUUAUAUCUUUCUUGGUGAUUAUGUUGAUCGUGGUUAUUUUUCAUUAGAAACUUUCACUUUAUUAAUGGUUUUAAAAGUAAAAUAUCCUCAUCGUAUUACUUUAGUUAGAGGUAAUCAUGAAUCAAGACAAAUUACUCAAGUUUAUGGUUUUUAUGAAGAAUGUUUAACAAAAUAUGGUUCACCAACUGUAUGGAAAUAUUGUUGUCAAGUUUUUGAUUUUUUAACUUUGGCAGCUAUAAUUGAUGGAAAAAUUCUUUGUGUUCAUGGUGGAUUAUCUCCUGAAAUAAGAAUGUUGGAUCAAAUAAGAGUAUUAAGUCGUGCUCAAGAAGUUCCUCAUGAAGGUGGAUUUUGUGAUUUAGUAUGGUCAGAUCCUGAUAAUGUUGAUACUUGGGCUGUAUCACCUAGAGGUGCUGGUUGGUUAUUUGGUUCUAAAGUAAGUCGUGAAUUUAAUCAUAUAAAUAAUUUAAGUCUAAUAGCAAGAGCUCAUCAAUUGGUUAUGGAAGGUUUCCGUUAUCAUUUUAAAGAAAAAGAUGUAGUAACAGUAUGGUCUGCACCUAAUUAUUGUUAUAGAUGUGGUAAUGUUGCUAGUGUUAUGCAAGUUGAUGAAGAUUUAGAACCAAAUUUUAAAAUUUUCUCAGCCGUUCAAGAAGGUGAUUCAUAUGUUAAAAAUAAUCCUAAUAAGCAACAAAGAAGUGAUUAUUUCUUAUAGUUAAUUUUCAAUUCAAUCCCGUUAUACUACCCAUGCAUUUCCAUAAUUUGAUCCAUUUUUAGACAUUCCACAUGCAUGUAUUAUGUUUAUUAUUUAUUAGUGUUUUGUUAUAUUUGGUUAAAGAUGAAUCUCUUGAUUCAUGAUAAUAUAGAAAAUCCAAAUUAAACAAAAAUCCACACACAACACACACACAACGCAAUACAAUUUUCUUUCUGACAAUUUCUAAUCUUAAUGUUUUUUUAUAACCCUUGAUUCUGUCUAACUUUAAUUUUAAUUUGACAAUA